UUGCGGAUAAAAAAAGAGCCACAAAGCAAACGCGAAGAAGCGAGAACCAGAACGAGUUGAGUUUUCAGCGGCUCGCUCAGUCGCUCACCGCACCGCUCCCGGAGAACCAAUCGGAGAUGGCGACGAUCCAUUUCGCCACUUACAACGGCGGCCUCAAAUUCCGCGGCGAUUCCAGCGCAAUCGCUCUGAGCUCCAUAUCGCCGUUCUCCGCCGCGUCGUAUUCUUCUUCUUCGUCGUCGUCGUCGUCGUCGUCGGCGACGUCCUCCUCGUCGUCUGCUGCUAAACCGCGCCGUUCGCGGCUCCAAGCAUCUCUUCGUCGGAAAUCGCUCACCGCGACCCGCGCGCUGCCCGAGGAGACCACACUCAGUGCACAACCGGAGGCCGUGGUCGAUCCUACCCUUGCGCUUAAGAAAAAAGCUGUGGAUGUUGCGCCAGCAUUGAAAGGAACUUCCAUAUUUCUUGUCGGGAUGAAGAGCUCCAUUAAAACUCAGUUGGCUAGACUUUUGGCGGAAGCAUUACGAUAUUACUUCUUUGAUAGUGAUGCAUUGGUCGAGGAAGCUGCUGGCGGUGAAGCUUCUGCAAAACUUCUUAGGGAGACAGAUGAGCAAGGAUUUCGUGAGUCUGAGGCAGAAGUUUUAAAGCAGUUAUCAUCCAUGGGUCGCUUGGUUGUUUGUGCUGGAGAUGGUGCAGUUCAGAGUUCAACUAAUCUGGGAUUCCUUAGACAUGGGAUCUCGAUAUGGAUAGAUGUGCCCUUAGAUAUUGUUGCCAGGGGGUUGGUAGAAGACCUUCCUUCUUCUCAACCAUCUACUUCCCAAUCAUAUUCAGAGGUCUUGGCUCAGCUAGCUGCAAUGUAUGAGGAAACAAGAGUGGGGUAUGCUACAGCUGAUGCAAAUGUGUCACUUCAAAAAGUAGCUUCUCAGUGUGGUCAUGAUGAUUUCAGUGACGUAACUGUGGAAGACUUGGCCAUGGAGGUUCUUAAGGAGAUUGAAAAAUUGACUCGAGUAAAGAAGAUGAUGGCAGAAGCAGGAAGACCUUUCUAGUCUACAAGGUCUACAUAUCCUUUCUGCAUACAUCGAAACUGGGGGGCUUAUUCACCACAGGCAGUUUUGUGCUUUGGCUUCUCAUUGUCUCUUGGUAAGGCUGUACAAAUCUGAUUAUUCUGUUAUGGUAUUCUACCAUGACAAAGCUUCAAUGAGAAAAGGCAAAGACGUGACAACCGUAUGUAUAGACUUGUAAUCCAUCCUUUUCUUCCUUGGCUGUUGGGACUGUUAUUGCUAGACAGUAAUAACAGCCCUUGAUAUCUAGUGCUCAGUCUUUACUCUUUGAUCAGCCUUGCUUGGGAAUUUGCGAUUA